UUCCACCCCCCAACUCUCUACCCCCCUCCCCCUGUGGAUGCCUGCCUCCCCCCAGCCACCAUCAUGGGCAAGGUGCUGUCCAAGAUCUUUGGCAACAAGGAGAUGCGGAUCCUGAUGCUGGGCCUGGACGCGGCGGGCAAGACCACCAUCCUGUACAAACUGAAGCUGGGCCAGGCGGUCACGACGAUCCCCACCGUGGGCUUCAACGUGGAGACCGUGACUUACAAAAACGUCAAGUUUAACGUGUGGGACGUUGGGGGCCAGGAUAAGAUCCGGCCGCUGUGGCGGCACUACUACACGGGCACGCAGGGCCUGAUCUUUGUGGUGGACUGCGCUGACCGGGACCGCAUUGACGAGGCCCGGCAGGAGCUGCACCGCAUCAUCAAUGACCGGGAGAUGCGGGAUGCCAUCAUCCUUAUCUUUGCCAACAAGCAGGACCUUCCUGAUGCCAUGAAGCCGCACGAGAUUCAAGAGAAACUAGGCCUGACCCGAAUCAGGGAUAGGAAUUGGUAUGUUCAGCCGUCCUGUGCCACCUCGGGAGACGGACUCUACGAAGGGCUGACGUGGUUAACAUCUAACUAUAAAUCCUAAUGAUCAUUUAAAAAAAAAAAAGACAAACUAUUACUAGUCUUCAAGAGAGUUUAGCGGGGAAAGAAAACUUGCUUCCCGAGAAAGAAUGAUCCUCCAUACUAAAAUGUUCUGAAAUUAAGCAUCCAUAGGAUUACAAUGAUUGCUCACCUCUUCGCCAGUUACCACUCUUUUCUUCCACAUACUUGACUGGAUCCCCAGUUUAAUACAAUUCUUGCUUGGUGUUAAGAUGCUCUAAUAUUCAACUGUGAAUGAACACAAGCACUAGUUUAUAUGGCAAGCUUCCAGCAACGGGGGUGGGGGUGGGGGGGGAGAGACACAUAGCUUUGCAGAGUAACUUUUCUCAUACUAUGAAAGCCCUUGGUUAUGAUGAUUUGACUUCAUUUGUUUGAGUCUUGGGGCUAAGGCAUCACCUUUUUAAAUGUAUGCUUUCUGAUUUAGUUCCCCCUGACCCCCCCCUCUCCAUUAUCAUCUGCUGUAGAUUUGCUUCCUUUUGCAACCAUGCAGAAUAUGUUGAUAGGUCUCUUGUUAUCUAGUAAACUGAAAACCAUUGCUUAUGAACAAACUGCAGUCUGUCCUCUUUAUGGUGAGAGCUUACCUGUAACUAGAAACUAAAAUUUUCAUCUCCUUUAUCUGGCUUUUUGACAAAUCAGAAGGGUAGCGUUUAGAAUAAAUGUAUGGUUGCUUACUGGGCCCAAUGAUGGCUGGGUAAUUCAAGAACCACUUCAAAAUGUUGGCUGCAGGAGGUUAUGAACCAAAUAUAAUGCAUGAUUAAGGAUGCAAAUAAGUUUCCAUUCUAAAUAGCAACCGUAUGCAGGAUGAAAUGAGACUAGUGUCAAACCACAGUUCCUGUACUUUGCAUUGUAAAGUUAAUUUUUUCUGCUGCAAUAUUAAGUAGUUGCAUUACUUUCCAGUUUCAGUGCAAAUACGCUUUCAUUCCAUAAAGUGCAGCAAUAAUUCGUAAGAAUAAUGUGUGAUGUACACAUUACUUUAAAAAAAAUCAUAAACUUGUAGUCAAAACUUGAAUGUUAAAACUCUUCCUGUCUUAAUAAUUGAGACAAAGAUGGCAGUAUCACAAUUGGUCUAAAAGCUUCUAAAAACUUAAGUAGAUUAUUUGUAGACCUUUUAGCUUGGCUUCUAAGAUGCAUCUUUAUUAACUUGAGGGGGUGGGGGGGUAGCCUGCAUCUGCAUCUAUACUAUGAUUUGAAUAAGUCACUUAAGAAUUUAUUGAGAUGUACUAAUAUGAAGGAAGGAUGUGGCAACUUGGUUUUGCAGAUACUACUAAUUAAAUGGAACAAAUGAGUGUCUUUGGAAGUUGCUUCCCUUUCAUCUGUUACAAAACCAUACUGAAUUCACGCAGGCAGUGACGGACAAAUUCUAGACUUUUGUUCUGGUAGUACCUUUAUUUGAUCUGCUUUGGAUGUAUAAAGCCCUUUGGAAGGGCAGCAAUGAUUCAGGUGGAGAGUGAGCAAACGACUAUGAAUGUAAACUUCCACGUUCCGUUCUUCAAGGGCAAGCAUCUCAUUUGUCAUAUCGCAGCUUUCAAAUGUCUGAUUAGUUGUAUGGGGGAAAAUGAUUGUGAAUUCAGGUUAGCAUAAAAAUGGUUUCAAUCAAGUAUUAAUACUAGGUGCAAAAAAUGUAAAGCAGCUGGUUCCUAUUCAGCCUUAAGGAUUAAUUUCAGAUUUCCUCAAGGAGUAAAACUCAUCUGAGGAAUUUUAGGAAUGUAUUGCUACAAAACCAGAAGAAAAUUUCUUUUGUUAAAGGGUAUGAGUUUGAAAUAAAAUUGGGGCAUUACACUACACUUCUUCAGUGUUGAUUUUGCUACUUAAAUUGUGGACCCUAGAGCUUGUACCAAAGAUGUUUGAGGGGGAUAAAGUAAUGAGAAAUUAAUUUCUAAGAACUGAAUGCUUAGCAUCAUAAACAGAAAAAAAA